AUGCCUCCCUUAUCGGCGUAUACCCCGUUUGAGUCUCUGCUCUUUUUCCAAACGCUCGCCGCCUCCAACGAGCCGCCCGCCAAUUUCACGUCCAUCUCCAAAUUCCUCAGCAACAACUCCCUGGUGCGCGAAAAUGUAGCCUUCAGUGCAGAUCGUCUCAGUCCAGAGGCUCUCGAGGACCUGUACGCAUCACUGCUCCGUGAUGGGUUUGAUCGCGACGCCAUCUCGACCGGUGCUAAUGGCCGGAUCCCCGAUAAUUACGGCUUGAACAAUUUCAAGAAACGGAAAAUCUCUAGCCCUCGACCGGACGGACUCCCUGACGGGCCUUCGCAUGCGACCUUGAUCCCAGACCUGGUCGCCCGCCUGUACGCGCGGUACAAGGAACUGGUCACGAAAGAGAUUCGGGAUGAAGAGAAGCGAUACAAUGCAAUCAAAGGCGAGAUUGAACAGUUGCAGAAAGAGGGUCAACAGGGAGCGACCGCGGCCCGACCAGCGGCUGCUGUUGCGCAAGCGCCAGAAACCGAGCGCAAACAGUCCAUGGAUGUCGAUGUGAAGAAGGAACCGGCCCGCCAGGAACGUCCUGACCAAGUGACCCGGAUUCCCGAUCUUGCAGAGUCGAGACAGCCCCUACCGCAAGCUGCACCGGCAGACCAGCCUCGGCCUCCAGGAAUGUCGUAUCCACCUAGUCUCCCGAGCGCACCCAGUGCCCCCGCCGCUCUACCGAACCCUCAGCGACCCCAGACCCAGGUUCAACCCACCAUGACGGCGAUUAGCCAGCCCUCGUCUCUUCAGGGCAUCAGAUCUCAAGACAGCUCACCUCAUCCCUAUCAACAACCGCUUGCGCCAAGAACGCAGCUGCCCGGCCCCUCUACUCCCGUUGCAACGCGCGUUGUGCCGCCCCAUCCAUCGCAAGUUGCGCCGCAAGCUCAUGGUCCUGGAGCCCCACUGCCUUCUUCGGUCAAGACCACUGUGCCCUUGUCUACGUCUCAGCAGCCGACGCCCACCCAGUCAAGCUUUCAGCAAUGGCAACUUGAAGCGCCUCCACAUUCACCAUAUUCGGCAGUCUCACCGGCGACGACCGUCCCAGCCACCGCUCCAGUCACCAAGCAACCCGGUCUGCCUCCUCAGGGGCCUGCGAGAGCGCCGUCGAGAGCGUCUCAACUAUCCGCUGCUCCGAGCACGCCCGGCCCCACGACCCCGCUUGUUCAAACUCCUGCCCCUGGUGGGUUCUCACGUAACUCACAAACUCCAAGUGUGGUAAUUCCGGCCUACCCAGAGGGAAAGGGUUCACGGCCACGGCUGUCCAUUGAUACUCCAGGGUCGUCUACCCCGUGGAAGAGGACACCAAGAUUGAGCAUCCCCGAAUCACCGGCAUCUCCACCAAGACCUCGGCCUGAAGAUGUGAGCCCGAUCAGUGAGCGAGCGCCGUCUCCUGGUGCGAUGGAUAUUUCGCCUCCACGUGAGAAGAAAACCACCCGGCGCAGUCAAGCAGCCGCAGCAGACUCAAAGGCCACGCCGUCCAUCAAAAUCGAGAAGGCUUCGUCGGCCCGGAGGAAUCGAGCCAUCAGCUCCGCUUCAAUCCAGAGCCGAGGACGGUCUGUGGCUUCGAGGGAGGUCUCGCGCGAGCCUUCCCGCUCGGCGACAGGCCAUAAAGAGUCUGCGACCGCGGUUGAAGAUCAAACUCCAAAGGCGAGACCAAAGCGAAAGCGCGGUGCCAGCGAAUCUCUGGACAACGAGCCAAUUGUGUUUGAGCAGCCCAGGAUUGACUCCACCAAGUACGUGCUCUGCACACGGGGCUUCCACCGAACGGCAGCUCCCAUCAUGAACGAUGUCACAACUCAUAAACUUGCGUCCAUCUUCGCCAAGCCCAUCAGCGAACGGGAUGCUCCGGGCUACCAUGAUCUUAUCUACCGGCCUCAGGAUUUGAAGUCCAUCAAGUCUGCGGUUCACCAAGGCAGUAAAUCGGUUGCUGUGGCGACCGAAGCUGUCAGCACCCCGGCUGGCGAUGGAGAAUCUCCUGCCCCGGGCAUUGGGACGCCAUCCAAGAACAACAUGCUCAUGCUACAAAAAACCGAGGAUCUCGUCCCGCCCAAGGCGAUUGUCAACUCGGCUCAGUUGGAAAAGGAAUUGAUUCGCAUGUUUGCUAACGCCAUCAUGUACAACCCUAUUCCCGCGCGAGGGUUCGGACCGGCAUUUCCCAUGAUGAAUGAGCGUGGCUCUCGCGAGAGCACACAGUCUGGCGAUGGCGACGAGGGCGGCAUCAUUCAAGACUCGCUCGAGAUGUUCGAGGACGUGGAGCAAGCAGUAACCCACUGGCGUCAGGCAGAGCGUACGGCGGAGAGGAACGCAGACGAUCUGGCAAACAAGAACGUACUCUUCUUACGCCGUGGGAGUGUCAGCGAUUUCAAUACAGACAGCGCGGACGAUGCCAAAGGAUAG